AUGAAACUACAGGCGCAAACAUCCGGCACUGAGGCAAGGAAUUUGGCUUUCGGCUCACCUUGCUUUCCCUGUGAAGAGUCUUUGAUUUCAGCUGCUCAGCUGCUCGAGCUUGCACCAGGUUUGUCGGUACACCACGCAGUGAGCGCGAUUUUUCCCUUUGGUAAAGCCAGUGGACUCCUAAGAGCAGAGGCAGCGCAGCUGGUUACAAGUAUUUUGCCACCUCAGCCUCAGAGUGAAGUUGGCGCCCCACCUCCAGUUCUGGAGGAAGUCUUGGAGGAGGGUGCAGAAGCAUGUGUUAAGAUUCGCAUCUGUAGAGAUCUGAGAACAUUUCGCUGCCGACGCGGACCGGACAAGGUCCAGCAUGUGGCUCUGGAUCUGCCAGACCACCAGAGGAUUCUGACAGGAAUGCUCCUUUCUGCGCUGGUCGGUCGAGACAUCUGCCUCAUUGGCCCGAGAGGAGAAGGCAAAACAUUUCUUGCCAGGCAGUUCGGACAUGCUUUGGGAUAUUCUCGUUUGGAGACACUGUUCUUGCACGAGGAAAUGACAGCUCGAGAUUUGUUUCAACGCAGGGCCACGAACAGGCAAGGCGAGAGCACAUGGGAGCCAUCCCCACUUCUCCAAGCGAUGCAGAACGGUGGUCUUUGCGUGCUUGAUGGCUUGCAACAGCUCCGUCCAGGAAGUUUGGCGUCCUUGAUUCAAGUAAUUCAAGAUCGCGAGGUUACACUGUAUGAUGGCACCCGCUUUGUCUCGCCAUGGCGGUGGAAGGUUCUGAUGUCACUCGGCUUGACUUCGGAGCAGCUGUCCAGCAGAGGCUUGCGCUGCACACAUCCAACAUUCCGCCUGGUGGCUUUGGCGACCCCCAAUGAUGCACACCGUCGAAGUUGGCUCACAAACGAAGUGCUGCAGCUUUUUCAUUUUUUCACACUGCCACUGCAGCCAGAGCUUGUGCCUGUCAUUGCCGCUGCUGUGCCUGACUGCCCGGACAGAGUUGUUCGCUCGCUGCUUCGCGUGCGCCAGCUUCUUUAUGAGGCCUCGCAAGACUCCGGCUCAUCUCUAUGGACUGGCACCAAGGAUGAUGGUGCCAAUCCUUCAGUGAUGCUGUCGUUGCGUGCAAUUCUGCGUGCAGCAAGGACGGCAGCAGCCGCACCAAGUACUGUUGAUAUUGCAUCGGAAAUUGGUGCAUACCUGCAGUCAGCUCUGAUGACAGAUUUUAUGCCAGCAGCUGAGAGCGGAGCUGUGUUGGCUGUCCUGCGAGCCGCCGGGUUUCGCGUUCAUUCCAAACAAGCACGCUUGCAGGAUGCUGCUGGCAUGGCUGUUCAAGCAGCAGACCUAAUGGAUUCAGAGCCAACCUUGCGGAUUGGAACCGCUGUUUGCAGAGUACAAACACCGCUUGAACAGGCACUGGUCCCUGAAACCCAGUUCUUUCACAAUCCACAGCAAACUCUGGCACUGCACGAUAUGCUUCGCGACAUUGCAGCCUCUGAGCACUUGCUUUUGAUGGGCAACCAGGGCGUUGGCAAGAACAAGCUCAUCGACAAAAUGCUUAUGCUGUUGCACCGGGAGCGUGAGUACAUCCAGCUACACCGCGACACCACUGUGGGCUCGCUUACCUUGGUGCCAAGCUUGCGCAAUGGCCUCUUGUGCUAUGACGACUCGCCUCUGGUGAAGGCCAUGAUCAACGGUCGAGUUCUUGUCAUCGAUGAAUUCGAUAAGGCUCCCACGGAAGUCGUGCUAACUCUUAAAGGACUCCUGCAGGAUGGUGAGAUCCUCCUGGCAGAUGGCAGACGCUUCGUGCGGCACCGGAACAUCCAUGAGGCGUUCCUCGUGGUGGCCUUAGCAAACCGCCCGGGAUUUCCGUUUUUGGGCAAUGAUUUUUUCCGUGAGAUGGGGGACUGCUUUGCAUGCCAUGCCGUCCAGAACCCGGACCAGGUGUCAGAGGUCGCCAUGCUGCAGUCCUAUGCACCGCAGGUCCCGGUGGCGUUGUUGGAGAUGCUGUCUGCAUCUUUUAGCGAACUGCGGCAAAUGGUCGAAGAUGGAAAGCUCUCGUACCCAUACUCAACCCGAGAACUAGUCAACAUCGUGCGCCACCUGGCCGUGUAUCCAGAUGACUCCAUUGACAGUGUCAUGGAAAACGUCUUCGCCUUUGAUGCCUUCGAUGCACAGCUUCGACAAGUGGUCUUCAGCAUUUUCCGCCGUCAUGGGCUGCCUCUGGCGUCCGACUCUCCAGGCAUGGCCGUGGCUCGGAGACGCACGCGGAUUGCAGCUGCCGUGCAUCUCGGCCCACCUGAGAAGGUGGCCACCUUCCAGCGCUCUCAUAGCGAGCAGGCUCAGCAAGCGAUGCUGGAGAGCCCUUUGCUGGAAAGCUGGCGACGGUUUGAAGGUGGUUGGCUUCCAUUCAAGAGUAAGUCGUCGAGAUCAAGAGAGUUCUCAGAAGAGGAUCGCUGGUGGGCGCUGGGCUUCGUCACGACGGACGGUGUCGUCAUCAAAGGCAAGGACCCCAUCACGGGUUCUUGGCUGGGAGCGUUGCUGGGCAUGGCGUCAGCACAAGGGUGCUUGUGCAUCCUUAGUAGCCAGAUGGCGCUGCACGUUUAUGACGUGCAUCGUGAAGCUUAUUGUGAAAUCAGCUUGGCAGCCGGCAGCACGCUCAAGGAUCGUGCGUCUUAUGCAAUCGGGUGUUCGCUACUUCCCGUGAGGGAUUCAAAGGGAGGGUGUGUCUGCACCUACGAUACGCGAAAUGCUGCACAUCUGAGCAUAUGGCCUGCCGAUGGGGUCGUUUACAGCUUGAAAGUGCAGCCCCCAAGUUCGCCUCAAGAGGCAAAGAUCGUCUGUGCAGGGCUGUUGGCAGAUUUGCCAUUGGCGAUUUACCAUGCAGAGUCAGGGAGCGAGCUUCUGCUCGUUCGCUGCGGCUCUUUCGACUCGGCAUCUCCAGGAGUUGCAAGACUUGCUUUGGAUCUGCCCGCCAAGAUGGGUUUGCUGGCAGUCUACGUUCUCAGUCGCGAGCGCAUUCUACUCAGAUGCGCCGACUCGAGCGAGACAUUGCAGCUUUACGAGCUUGUGCUUCCGACAGGAGUGGCGGGCAACAGCGAAAACGAUGUUGAUGCGUACCUGGCAUCUUUGUCAUCUCUGGGGGCGCAUCUCCACUUCGCACGUUGGGAGCCCAAACUAGAGCCUCGCUUCUGGUCGCCAGUCCACCCAAGCGAGCUUGCUCUUCAGCCGCACCUCGCUGGCCUUGCCCACGAGCUGUCAGACGGCGACGCCGGCGACGUCAGCAUGCUUUCGCAGGUAUUGUUGACCGAGGAUACAUACUGCAGCUUUGCAGUGGGUUUGAAUGUGGAUGUGCCUGGCAAUGCUCACCCUAUCAUGGGAUACCGACGUUCUUCGACACUCUCCGAACUUCAGGAUGUUGUACAGGCAUCGACCAGUUUUCAGACCAGCCCGAGGCACUUUAUCUCGUGCUGGCACGGUGCUUCGAAAAGCCUGGUGUCAGUUUCGUGGCUGAGUGACUCCAGGGGUCCUGUCUACUCAGUGGACCACGGCUGUGUCUGGCUUGAGGUCGUGGAUGUCGCAAACGGGCAAAUGCGCCGCAUUGUCCUCGGCAAGGUUCCAGGUAUGGGCUUGGCUUCAAGAUCUUUGAAAGGAGCCGGGACCGACAACUCUUUGGCAGAGCAGGGAAUGCUAUUGACAAGGCGAGGAGGUUCUGUGGCCACAGCACCAGCUCGCAAGCAAAUGGAAAUGCCCAGUUGCGUUGCAUGCUGCGAGAUGGAGGACGGGCGCUUGGCACUUCUUUUUGCAGACUCUCAUGUUCGCAUCCUGGAGAUUCGGAAAGGGCAGCUGGCAGUUCAAGAAGCCCUCCAUCGCAGCAUGCGCGGGGCCGGCGCCGAUGUCGACAUCGAGAGCCUCGAGAGCGAGAGCGAGAGCCGAAGCCUUCCUGGCGAGUCGGAGGAUGACGAAGCCGACGAUCUUGAUGUCGAAGACACUGAAGAGGGUGAGGAGACGGAAGAAUCGAGCGUUGACCACAGAUCAGCCUCCACACCAGGAAUGGUCGGAGGUUCGAGGGGCAAAGGUCGGGGGCGCCGCGGCAAGCGUGGAAAAGGUCGACUAGGAGGUGGCCGUGGGGGCGGGGCGAGGCAACAAAGCUCCAAGGACUCCAGUGGCGAUGCAAAAGCAGGAGCUGGAGCCGGGAAGGUCCUCCAGAAGGCCAGGGAGCGAGCAAUGCUCGCAGUCGGAAAAGAGAAGCUGGAACUGGAGCUUGCUGACCUGGACAUUGCCAAGUAUGACGAGCUUUUCCGCACAGUGGAAAAGGAAGUGACGCAAUUGCGGGUGAUUCUUCAAGCGGUGGAAGCCAAAGAAAAGGAGAGGACCUGGCUGCGAGGAAAGACAGUAGGCGAACUGGACGACAGCAAAAUUGUGGAUUUUGCGAUUGGCGAGAAGACUGUUUUCAAGCACCGUGGUCAACGCGAGGACCCGUCCGUGGCGCAAGCCCUUCCAAAGCGACUCUCAUUCGUGGUCGAUGUCAGCGGUUCGAUGGCAGUGUUCAAUGGUGAUGGACGGCUUGAUCGGCUUUGCGCCUCCAUGGUGAUGGUCAUGGAGGGUUUGUUCGGGCUGGAGCACAAGUACCUGUAUGAGAUCGUCGGCCACAGUGGUGAGACAGAUUGGCUGCCAUUUGUCAGGAUGGGCAAACCUCCACGCAAUCGGGCAGAGCGCUUUGCCGUUGUUAAUGCCAUGGCAGACCAUGCUUCCUUCGCCCGCAGUGGUGACAACACACUUUCGGCUGGCAUCAGAGCAAUGACUGAAAUUGUCAAAGAACAGGCAGAUGACUACUUUGUUUUUCUGGUUUCAGAUGCGAAUCUCCGAGGCUAUGGCAUUUCGCCGCAGGAUUUAGCGACAGCUUUGACAAGCGAUCGGAGGAUCAACGCUCAUGCUAUAUUCAUAGCAGAGCCAGACGCGGCACAAGAGAUGAAGUUGUCGAUGCCCGUGGGUCAUGCGCAUCUGGUGCUUGACACCGAAGGCUUGCCACUGCUUUUGAAGAACAUUUUCGCGAAAGCUGUGCUCACAGGCCUGUCGAGCAAGCUCUAG